AUGGCUUCUGGUUUGAUAGCUUCAUUCCCUCUUAGCACUUUCACUCGACCAACACAUGCCACACUCGUUUCACAGCGAAAAUCUAGCAGUGUCACUGUCUCUUUCGCUGCUGCUAAAGCUUGCAAUCAAACUGUCGUUCGGAGGUCUGGAAACUACCAAUCCAACAUUUGGGACUAUGAUCGUCUCGAGUUAUUGACGAGUGCUUAUGAGACACAACAAUAUACAAGGAGAGCAGAAAAGCUGAAGGAAAACGUGAGGAUGAUGCUGGAAAAACAAGUGUUGGAUCAUUCGGAUCAACUUGACCUUAUUGAUGUCUUACAAAGACUUGGACUAUCCUAUCACUUCCAAAAUGAAAUAUCGAAAAUACUGGAGAAUAUAUACGUCACUGAUAAUAGCAGCAGCAAGUGGAAGCAAGACAACUUAUAUGCUACGGCCCUUCAAUUUAGACUCCUCCGACAACAUGGAUUUCAUGUUCCUCAAGAUGUUUUCAAUAGUUUUGUGGAUGAUUUGGGAAAAUUCAAGGCAUGCCAUUCUGUGGAUACCAAGGGAAUGCUUUGUUUGUAUGAAGCAUCCUACUUAUCAGUAGAAGGUGAAAACAUGUUGGAGGCGGCCAAGGAUUUCACAACUACACAUCUCCAAGGAAAUGUGGGGCAGAACAUAGAUGAUCAAAUUCUCGCAAUGCAAGUGAGACGCGCGUUGGAGGUUCCUCUGCAUUGGAGGAUGCCAAGGUUAGAGACAAGGUGGUUCAUAGAUGUAUAUGAGCAGAGACAAGACAUGAAUCCCCUGUUGCUUGAGCUUGCGAAAUUGGAUUUUAACAUGUUGCAAGCAACACAUUUGACAGAACUCAAACAUAUGGCAAGGUGGAGUAGAAGUACAGGCUUUGGAGAAAACUUGAGCUUCGCUAGGGAUAGGUUGAUGGAGAAUUACUUAUGGACCGUGGGGAUACAUUCUGAGUCGCAGUUUGGAUACUGUAGGAAGAUGCUCACAAAGAUCAACACUUUCAUAACAACAAUUGAUGAUGUCUACGAUGUCUAUGGCACCAUAGAUGAACUCGAACUCUUUACAAAUGCCGUUGACAGAUGGGAUAUCAAUGCCAUGGAGCAACUUCCAGGCUAUAUGAAGAUAUGUUUUCUUACUCUAUACAACUCCAUUAAUGAGAUGGCUCACUAUUCGCUCAAAGAACAGGGUUCUUAUAUUAUUCCAUAUUUAAAGAAAACGUGGGCAGAACUAUGUAAAUGCUACUUGAUGGAGGCAAAGUGGUAUCACAGUGGACACAAACCAACCUUAAGAGAGUACCUUGACAAUGCAUGGGUGUCAAUUUCGGGUCCUGUAGUACUGGUUCAUGCUUAUUUUUUCGUUACAAAGCCCCUAACGAAGGAAGCCUUGGAAUUUUUGGAGAGAUAUCCAAGUAUAAUCCGCAAUUCGUCCUUGAUUUUUCGACUUUCAAAUGACUUGGGAACUUCUUCUGAUGAGGUGCAAAGAGGUGAUGUCCCAAAAUCAAUCCAAUGUUACAUGCACGAAACAGGUGCUUCUGAAGAAGAUGCCCGUAAUUACAUGAAGUACUUGAUUGAUGAAGCAUGGAAGAAAAUGAAUGAAGAUGGAUUUUCGGUUUCUUCCUUCUCCGAGACUUUCAUUCAGACAACAAUGAACCUUACUAGGACGGCACAAUGCUUUUACCAGAACGGAGAUGGGUAUGGUGUUCAUCAAGAUCGGGAGACUAAGGAUCACGUACUAUCAUUGCUUAUUGAGCCCAUUCCUCUUCUCUAGUGAAGUUUAAUUGUGAAGUUCAUAUUUUUAUUCUAAUCACAUAGAAGGUCUCGACGUGUUACAGUGGUCAAUAGAACAACUGUAAUUUUGUGUUUAAUAUUCAAGUACCCUUAUUAAUGUAAUUUUGUGUUUCAUUAAUAUGUAAAAGUGGGUGGUAUAAAAUUUGGACUAGGAUCUCUAGGUUAAAACUUCUCUACAUUAUCCUAAGUUAAAUCUUGAAAAUUUUGAUAUGUGGCCUUUAUCACAUAUCUAUGACUCAUAAUGCACCACAUCAAAAAAAAAUAAAAAAUAAAAAAUAAAAAUUGUUUAACUGAUGAACAUAAAAACCCAAAUGCUAAAAUUUCUUCAACUCUUUCGGGUCUCUUAUGCCUGAAAGUAGUGGGCUCUUCAUGGAUUGGUACAUAAUUGGUGGUGAAGUUUACAAAUUUGUGGUGAUCAUCGGUGAGUUUAAACCCUAAUUUUCAAUUUAGACUGAAUAACUUGCACUUAGACGGAAUCAAAUACACUUACCAACUUGAUGUAAUAAACAAAUCAUAUAUUCAAAAGAACACAAUUAUCUCAUUGAUUUAGAUAAUAAAGAAAUAAAAUUAAAAAAAAUUGAUUAACCUAGCUUUAUGUCCAGUGGGAGGAAAUUGGAAGCAGUCGAGUUCAGGUUUAAACAUAAAAAAUAAAUUAGAAUAGAGGAAAGACAAUGAAAGGUGAAGAAAUCGGAGAAUCUAGUUACAUGAGAUGAAAUGAAAAUAAUAAUAAUAAUAAUCAAACCAAGAAUACUAAUAGAGAGAGGUGGGCGGUUGGAAACUAAAAGCUGUUUUUCUUCCUCAAAACAUUGUCGUUUCAAGAUUUUUUUAUCACUAAAUUAUGUGGAACGUUGUGUAAUGUUGUGGGUUAUUAUGUAUAUAUAAAUGUGUGUUUAGGUUAUAAAAGAAUAAUUAUAAAAAGGAAAAAGAAAAAAAAAAAAAAAAGUAAGUGGGCCCCACCCAUGCUUUUAACAUUGCAGAAAGGCCAUAACGCCAUUAAAAAAACGUGGGUUUCUCUCUCUCUCGGCUAUAUCACUUUCCCCUCUCGGCAGUUUCAUUUUUCUUCUCUUUUUGCAACUUUCAAACUUUGAUCUAGCUUUAAUCUUUUGGAUUUUGGUAGAACAUUGUGAAGCAAAGUUGUUAAGCUCGUCAAGGCCUUCAAUUUGAUAGGAGCCAAUCAUCAUUUGGUGCACUCUAGGGAGUUCA